AUGUCUCUGUUUGCGAAAGUGGUUCUCUUGUUCUGCAUGUUGACGUUGGCACGGGCACAAUUCGGCACUGUGAAGAUUACGAAUAGUUUGGAAGGAAAAGAAAAUCUAAACAUUCGGUGCCAAUCAAAAGAUAAUGAUCUUGGACACCAUCUUCUCCAUUUUAAUCAAAGCUUCAAAUGGGAUUUGGGGACUCACGUUUUCUGGAGAACACUGUUUUUCUGUUCGUGUCGAUGGGGUAAUGGUCCUGUGUUGCACUUUGAAGCAUAUAACCAAAAUAGGGAUGCCUCUAAAUGUUUAGACUGUUUUUGGUAUAUCCAUAAAGAUGGACCCUGUAGGUACGAAUUAAAGGAGUACACAAGCAUUGGCGAAUCAAGAAGAGACAAAAUCAUUCGCAAAUGCUAUAAGUGGAAGAAGUGA